CAGAUGUAAUCAAGAUGAGCUGGCUUUAAUGAAUCAAUGUCAAGUGGACUCGGACCCAAUGCAUUAGUGAGCUGUGCAUUUUACCUAAAACAGUCACAGUUGCACAGUUUGUUGUACAUCUGCACUGAUCAUUGUCAAGCGCGUAGUUUGAUUAUUUGAUAUCUGACCCUCUGUCAACUCAGCCUGAAACACAGAAUCAUUAACGAGCUUAAAGGUUUACAUUUGUAAUCAUCACAGCCGGCCCCAGUGUUCCUGCCCAGUUUGUUCCUCGGCCACUAGAUUGUGAAGGGGCCACUCCCUGCAGUCUUUGCUGCAAUACACUUGCAUAACCCUGAGCCUCAGGGCCAUUUGCAUACAGCAUGCUGCAGGUGUGUCCUAUUAAAGCCAAGUGUAAUGCGUGUUGCUGUGGUUUGUUUUUGGAUCUCGCUCCCCCUCACAGACCGACAUUUGUUCACCAAGAACGGGUCUAUGUUGAAAAUCCUCCUUUUUCCGCCCCGUCCAGCCCCGGUGACGGCUCCACCCUCCCCGGGGCAGACUCAUCAAUUAUGGCUGGAUGUUUGACUGGCAGAGGCUUAAUGACAGGAGCUCUGUAUUGACCCAUCUGCCACACAUUGAAAAUUUGGUCCCAAUCGUCCUUUUUAAAACCUGUCAAAUGAUUAUUGUGAGACUCCUCUUCACACAGCGAGCUGCGCUCGCCUUGAACGGCCCUUUUGCUGGUUCAGGCCAGUAGCAUCUGCAUGUUGCAAAGCGCUGCAUGUAAAUGAUGUUGAUGUGUUCGGUUUAUCUGAUUAGGAAGUAGAGGGGAAGUCUUCUGUCAUCACUCUGGGCAAGACAAGCAAACAGUCUGACUAAACGGCUUUGUUCCAGGAGGACAGAAUAGGUCUCAUGUGAUGGACUCUUGCCCAGACUUCCUCCUUAUAGUGGUUUAGGAACCGUGGAGGCACUUGGCCUGCACGCAGCACAAGAUUUCACCAUUCUCUUCAGCUGAGCCGCAGUAAAACGUGAACCCGGCUCCACGUCGAGGAGUCUGAAGCACUGUUGGAUCGCCACGCUGUUAUAUCUUAAGUACUUAUAAAAUCCACUCAAAGUCACUUCUACAGGAAUUUUCUCUUGGCAAGAUUAGCUGGUCUGGGGCCAUUUGAAUCUAGUGGAGGUUGGCUGGCUUCUGAAAGCCCACUCUCUAAUCUUCAGGAAGGCUCAUCCCAGAUGGACUCCAAGGACUAACAGGAAUUUAUAAAGUCCUGUCGCUUUAUCCUUUACAGCCACGGCCUUUUUCGUGACAGUACGAUUCACCAAGAACGUCACGUUUCCCACGAACCAAAUGCGUUCUGAAUGUGGAACGUGAGUGGUGGUGGCCGUAGGAAAAAAAACAGGAAUAACAGAAAGAAAUGCAGCCAUUUGGCUGGAUGGGAUUUUCCUUCCAUACGAACAUGACAGACACUCGCACCAUUGGUAAGUGACUGCCUUAAUCCAACUGCAUUCACACUCUACUGUACCGGCAGCCUGUCAUCCAUUGAUACGAACUGCUGAGGCAAUGCCAAAACACGACAACACUGCAGACCACUGAUUGGUUGGAGAGAAGCAUCACAACCACUGUGAUGACUUUGAGCAACCACGGGCUUUCGAGCCUGCUCUGAAACGAAAUGUGUCUCCUUGCUGUGACAAACAGUCCCAUACUGAGAAUCUGGAAUGGCAUCCCUCCAAUAUCCUCCAUUGUCAUGUUGUUGACGAUGAUGUCCUGGCAAUUUCACGUGGCUUCCCUGCGGUGACCAGCUACAGUGAGGUAUCUGCUACCAAUCUCUAGUAGAGUAGAGUCAGGUUGAGCUGGUAACGCACGGCGUUAGUGGCCUUUACUGGACUUAUUAGAGAGAGAGAGAGAGAAGAUGGAUGAAUGGACAAUAAAAUCAAUGAAAAAGUGAGCGUUUACUGAGUGAUGCCACUUUAGCUCACGAUGCGACAGAUGCUGCCUUUUGGGAAAUGCAGAUGACCGUCAGUCUGAACUGUAUCAGCUGUAAAGCAGCAACAGACAGACACGGCUGGCCUUGAAUGUUUGUGGCAUAUUCAUCUUCAAAAGGUUUUAUACAUGGAGGUUCAGUGUGAUCCUAAUCAAUGCUUUUUAGUUUUGGAGAACUUGCUUGUUAGUCGGAAGACGCUACACGCUGAUAUUGUCAGUUUGUCUCAGCUCCAGCGGAGCCCAGAGCCGCGGUUUUCCUCCUCUUUGCUUGGUAGACGCCACCUCACUGUGUGGGUCUGCAUCUCACUUCAGACUGUACUCAGUCCUACUUUAGCAGCUUUUUGACUCAUCAAUCUGGGGACUUGAACUAGCAGCCCUUCAAUUAACGGCCUAUUUCUCUGACCGAUGGACUGCCACCCUCCCAUGAGGCCACCGCUGCUGAAGUUUCUGCCUCCUUUUUUUUCCUACUGUGAUGAUUUAUUAAAUUGCCUUUAAGUAAGACUGCAGAUUAAUUAAAACACAGUCAAUUUAAUUUCCCGGCGUCAUAUAUAAAUUCACAGUGGUAAUUGAAUUCCCUACUCUACUUUUAUUUUAUUGUAACCCAGCAGUUACAAGACAAGAUCCUCAUCAAUUACUGAGAUUCGCAGUCAAAACGAGGCGGAGGUGAAUGUACAGCUGUCUGUUCCAGCGCUGCUCAGUACAGCAGAGUUAGAAUCUGUUUUCUUUUUUUUCCUGUUUGCUGAAAGAGCCGGGAAUUGGACGACUGGUCGAUAAUAUCGGAUUUGCGGAUGGCAUGUGGUGCAGCCGAGUCCAGCGUGAAUGCGCGGUUCUGACGAAGGCCCCGCUCCACGGACGGCUCCGGACGGCGAAUCACACGCGCCGUGAGGGUGGAGCUCUCAUUCCGCGUGAACAGACGCCGACGGAGGCUCGGCGGUUUUAGCGGAGGGCUAAUUUGAUUGUAGCAUGCGCGCGCUGCUCCUUUACAUUGAAUAUCUGCGCGGGAUCAAUGUAUAGAUCGGUGUGGGUGGGGUGAGAGCCUGAAGAGGGGCUGAAACCAGACCGGACCUGUGGUAAUUACGACAGCAGGCCUAGGGAGCUCAACUCCGUAGCGUCUGAGCUGGCGGGUCGACAGGAGGAGAGCGAACAUUCCCACAAGCAUCUGGUGGAGCUGAGCAGGGAGUUCAAGAGGAAUGUCCCUGAGGAAGUCCGGGAGAUGGUGGCACCUGUUCUCAAGAGUUUCCAAGCGCAGGUGGUUGCUCUGAACAAGCGCAGUAAGGAGGCCGAGUCGGCGUUCCUGGGGAUCUACAAACAGCUUAUCGAGGCCCCAGACCCCGCUCCUGUGCUAGAGGCCUCCCAUACUUUAGAGGAAAGGCUGCAGCAGAUCCAGAGUGUGGCCCCAGACAGUGAGGCACUGGUUCGAGAGAUCAGUGGGCACUGGAAGAAACACCUGGAGUGCCUUGAAAAGACAGAGCCCACAGAGGACUGUGCAGCGGUUCCGGCAGCAGCCUCGACAGUGGAGGCCCCAGAGUCCAGCUCCCCGAACUCCCUGAUGACCCCCAACAGCACACCGGCCCCGAGGGCCCCGGGCUCCACACAGCAGAAGCACCAGAAAGGAGCCGAGCACCGGGGGGAGGAGGACGCUGACGAUGUGGCUGUGACUGACAGACUGUCAGAGGCCAAGGAGAAGAUGAAGGUUCUGCAUUCAUCGUUGACCACUGCACAGACAGAGCUGCUGGACCUGCGGUGCAAAUACAACCAGGAGAUGACAAGCAAGGCAGAGGAGGUCGACGCCAUCAUGGCGAAUCUUGAAAAAGCAAACCAGAAAGCGGAAAUGGCUCAGAGGGAAGUGGAGCGGCUAAAGGAGCAGUUGGCUAGUAUGAACACGAGGAGCUGUGAUCCAGCAGAGGGCGCUAGACGGGAGAAGAACGAGAAGGGCGAGGUGUUACCCUCCCAGCUGGAGGCCGCCUUGCUGGCUAAAGACCGCGAAAUCCUCCGCCUCCUCGAAAACAUUCAGAGGCUGCAGUUCACGCUGCAGGAAGUCCAGGAGACCUCGGCCAAUCAGAUCCUGGAGCUGGAGCGACAGCUGGCCUUUAAAACAGAAGCAAUCGAGAGAUUAGAAGCUAAACUGCAAUCCCAGAUGGACUAUGAAGAGAUUAAAACUGAACUCAGCAUCCUAAAGGUAAUGAAGUUGGCCUCGGCAAAUGGCAGCUCAUCUCAGGAUUCUGUCAAGGCUGCAGAGGCUCUUAUGCUGGAUAAAGAAGCCUUUCUUCCGUCUCACAAGUACAUGGUGGAGAAGGCUCGAAUUUUGCACACCAACGAUGAUGAGCAGGACACAGGGAGGGAGUCAGGCAGGCCACCUGGCUGCCCCUCAGCCUCCUCGCAGGUGGAUGGCCGUGCGUCUCCCAGCCCAGGCCCCCCCAACCUGGACGGCUCCUCCUCCAGCCAUGACGCCCCCCGCCCCUUCUCCGUGUCGCCGUGCUCCGGAGACCAGAUCAUUCACAAGCAGCUCCUGUCGCCACACUUUAAAAAGGAGGGGCUCAUGGCGUUUCCCUCCGCCCUCUAUGCAGCCAAAGUCGCCCUCAUGUCAGCCACCCAGGGCCCCGCGGUGACUGGCAGCGGCGACGCUGGCUUACCUAGCGACCAGUCGGAAAGCGGCAGCUCCACUCAAGGAGACGACGACCAACUGGACACGGCCGAGAUCGCCUUCCAGGUGAAGGAGCAGUUGCUGAAGCAUAACAUCGGCCAGCGUGUGUUUGGCCACUAUGUGCUGGGCCUCUCCCAGGGCUCAGUCAGUGAGAUCCUGGCAAGGCCCAAACCCUGGAGGAAGCUGACUGUGAAGGGGAAGGAACCUUUUAUCAAGAUGAAGCAGUUCCUCUCGGAUGAACAGAACAUCCUGGCACUUAGGACCAUCCAGGUUCGCCAGAGAGGGAGCAUCACUCCCCGCAUCCGAACUCCUGAAACUGGGUCAGACGACGCCAUUAGGAACAUCCUGGAGCAGGCCAAGAAGGAGAUCCAGUCCCAGAGGGGAGGUGAUGGAAAGCUGUCUCUGAACAGCUCAUCAGGCAGAAGCAGUAAUGGCGCAGGCAGCAGUUCUGAUGAAACUAUAAAGAACAUCCUCGAACAGGCCAGAAGGGAGAUGGAAGCCCAGCAGCAGGCCUUAAUGGAGAUGGAGGUCUGUGGAAGGGCCUCGACUGCCAGCUCAGGAGCUCAGGUGGAACGUCUGGGGGCCUCGGAGCGCUCCAUGAGCCUGGCCUUACCCAUAUCCAUCAAACAGGAGGAAGGCGGCUGCGCUGCUAUGUGCAUGGCCAACCCUAUCAGCAGCCCCCAAACACCCCUCAGUGUGCUCUCCCCAGCUGCCUUUGUCCAGAACAUCAUACGGAAGGUCAAAUCAGAAAUUGGUGAGGCCGGCACCUACUUUGACCAACACUGGUCUCAGGAGAGGGGGUCCGUCGGGCUGGGGUGUGGGGGGAACCCCCGGCCUUUCAACUCGGUGUCUCCCUCCCUGUCCUCCUCCUCCUCGGGGCCGUCUUCCACCUUGCCCCGACCGUGGGCCCGUCUGGAGAACGGAGAGGGCCACUCAAACAGCGAAGAGGCCUCUGCGGCUGAGGACGAGAUGGCGCUGGGGCGGCCGGUGGAGGUGAAGCUGGAGUCAGACACGUCAGUAAGCGGCGAGUCCCCAGGACCCAGUCCAGGACGCCUUUCCUACUACCCAGCAUACAUUCCCCGCGCCCUCAAGCCCACUGUGCCACCACUGACUCCAGAGCAGUAUGAGAUGUACAUGUACCGGGAAGUGGACACCGUUGAGCUGACGAGGCAGGUGAAGGAGAAGCUAGCAAAGAACGGCAUCUGUCAGAGGAUCUUUGGUGAAAAGGUUCUGGGUCUUUCCCAGGGCAGCGUGAGUGACAUGCUGUCUCGGCCUAAACCCUGGAGCAAGCUAACCCAGAAAGGCAGGGAGCCCUUCAUCCGCAUGCAGCUGUGGCUACUGGACCAGCUAGGCCAGAGCCUCAGCCAGCCUCAAAAUCAGGUCCACACUCAGGAUAAAAGCCCAGUGACGGCCCAGUCCUCGCCCUCCCCGCCUCCAAGUCCAGCGGAGAGCCACCCGAGUCCACUGACAGAACCUGUCAGUCUCUCCCUGGAGAGCAGCAAAGAGAACCAGCAGCCUGAAAGCUUGGGGCUGGGAAUGGGACUGCCCCCCCACCCAGAGGGAGUGAAGUCCACUACUAGCAUCAUGAUGCUGCACCAACCCACAAACCCCCUUGGUAUCCAGGAGCUGGUAGCCAUGUCUCCAGAGCUGGACACCUACGCCAUCACUAAGAAGGUCAAGGAAGUGCUAACAGACAACAACCUAGGCCAGCGUCUUUUUGGGGAGACCAUCCUCGGCCUGACCCAAGGCUCAGUGUCUGACCUGCUCUCUAGACCCAAACCUUGGCACAAACUCAGCCUGAAGGGAAGGGAGCCGUUCGUCCGCAUGCAACUAUGGCUCAAUGAUCCUCACAAUGUAGAUAAACUGAGGGCCAUGAAAAAGAUGGAGAAAAAAGCCUAUCUGAAAAGGCGCUACGGUCUGCUGAGCACCGGCUCAGACAGCGAUUCACCCAGCACUCGCUCCGAGUGCGUGAGUCCGGCCUUGGCCUCGCUGGACCUGUGCCCCUACAGCCAGGUGAAGAAGCCUCGGGUGGUGCUGGGAGCCGAGGAGAAAGAAGCCCUGCGGAAGGCCUACCUCCUGGAGCCCUACCCCUCCCAGAACACCAUCGAGAUGCUGGCCUCCCAGCUCAACCUCAAAACCAACACCGUCAUAAACUGGUUCCACAACUACAGGUCCAGGAUGCGACGGGAGGUGCUCAUGGAGGGACUGCCAGAUAAUGACACAGAUGCUGAGCAUCGCAGCUACUCCCCCUCAGUGACACGGAGCCCCAACUCCGACGGAGAGGAUAGGAGGCUGCAACAGCCCUCAGGACACAUCCAACCCAGCCUUCCUCCUAACAACACGCUGCCUCAUGUCAAACAGGAGGCAAUGGAAAGGGAAGAUGAGGGAGACGAGGGCUCCACGAAACAGUCCAGAGUUCGGUGUUUUUCCACAGCAGCACUUUUCCCACAGGUGAAAAGUGAGGACUCCGUGGCAGGCUGUCGCGAGCCACACUUGGACGGCCAGAGCUUGAGGCAAGACGAGGGAGCGGGCGUCCAGCCCCAAGGGCUCUACCCGGGCACAGUCUCCAUGGACGGACCCCAGAGAGCCAGUCACUCAAGACACGAAGGAGACGACGCCACAAAGUCUCCCGUUGACCCCGUCAGCUUCAAGGCCUCAUCCGAGCCCUGCCGCAGCAGCCUGGAGGUGUCCCUCAACUCCCCCUCCGCCGCGUCCUCACCCGGCCUCAUGAUGUCAGUCUCGCCUGUCCCCUCCUCCUCUGCUCCCAUAUCACCCUCGUUGCCAAACCCGCCCUCCACGAGCACCAGUAACGGCCUGGACCCCAACCAGAUUCCUCCCUUUCAAAGCCCCAAACUCAACAGAAGCACUCAGAGACGCAACGAGAAAAUGGCCAACCUCAAUAACAUCAUCCACAGGUUAGAGCGAGCAGCCAAUAGAGAAGAAACACUGGAAUGGGAGUUUUAGCCCCCUCACUUGUAUCUAGUCCUGAUGACCCUCACAGCACACAGGAGAGUCUCAGACACAAGCUUCCUGGGGACUUUGACAGCGCCCGAUGCAUAAAGGCCUGUCCUCUCAGACUGAUAACUCAUAGGAAAUGGAAAACUUAAAGUUGAAAAAAAUUUAUAAAGUGAUUUUUUUUUUGUUUGUUUUGAUAUUGCAUACUACUUUGAAAUAUAUGUGACAGCACUAGCUGUCGUUUUACCUAUUGGACUUGACAAGAAGACUUUUGCAGCUAUGGUGUCAUAAAAUGUACACUGAAGUUCUGUAGAUUGCCACUGGGUGAGAUUAAAAAAAGACCCCUGUCUUAAGCCAUUAAAAGCACUAUUACUAUUUGAAAAGAGACACUGACCAAAUUUGCUACUUUUUGAAUAGCAAUUUUUCAGAUUUUGUCUGUAAGACUGGACAGUUUAAGUCAAGUAACAUGAAAUCUUAUUACUGACUGAGGGAUAGUCCUUUAAGACUCUAAAUAUUCAACAUCUUGUAUGUACUUAGUUUCUUGGUGAUAUGUUUUGAAAUAUUUGUAACUCACGUAUAAAAUGUGGUUGUACAUGUUGUAGAAUUGUCUGCAAUAGCCCUCUCUAAACCUGAUGUAGCAUGGUACUCACCUGACCCUGUUAUCCUCCGUAGUUAGUCACCUGUGAUUAAACCUGAGCGAAAACAAGAGAAAAAAAGCUGAAAACCUUGCAAAAAAUAAGAAAAAAGAAAAUGUUAAAACUAAUCAAUAGAGUACUUUUAGUGUUUUGUUAAAUUUUUUUGAAUAUUCCAUGAGGUUUACAGUUUAGGGCCCUUGUGCUUUUAGUAGUAAGUGAAACAUUCACUACACACAAGCACAGUUUACAUGAUUUCUUUCAAACUUACCUCUCCAACCCUCUAAGGCGCUGGUUCUCAGACUGUAAUGGGCCAAGACACAGGACACCUGGUUUACCUCAGAUUAUGUUGAUGCACAUCAUGCUAUGACCAUGCAUUUCAUUACUAUACAUAACCAUGACCCACACGUAUUCUAAUCCACGGAGGGACAUCAGAUGCAAGUUUAAAUGAGCAAAAUAUGUCUUUUAUAGAAAAAAACAAUAUGCUGCUGUAGAUAACGAAUCAUUUUUCUGUGUCUUGCUCCUCCUCACGAGUCACCUGAUUCAGUGCACUUUCUCGAAAUGGGUCAUUUACUAAUGUCUAAGCACUGCGAUGGUGUUUAGCUGGGCAGUUUGAUAAAUAACCGUUCCUAUGAGCUACACCUUUCUGACAUGAAGUGAUUUUGCAGCACAAUGGGGUUAAAGCUCCCAGCAACUGAGAGCGUGAUGCAAAAACAUGACCUCUCGUCACAGUGAAAACAUUCGAUCUGUGAGUAUGCUUGUUUAAAGACACGAGAAGUUACAGGUAUCCCCUCAUAUUAUCUUUGACCAUGUGUGUAUUGUAUAUGUAGAAGUUUUUUUUGUCAUGCUUGCAGGAUGUUCUUCUUUAUGUAUUUUGUCUCUAUUUUAUACUCAGAACAGUUAACUAGAUAUUCAAUACCUCGUGUAUGAACUACUUACAGCACUUAGAUUUUGAUAAUUGUGAGAACUCAAGAAAAUUUCAAAUAUCAACAUUAUCCUAAUUUAGUGUCCACAAGUCUCUGCCUUUACUGUAUCGUUGAAGUUGGUAGUAAACACUUGCACAUGUCUACAUAGUUCAGAGGACUUGGAUUGUAUUAUGUAGAGAUAUAUAUUACACAAUUACUAAAAAAUAAUAUCUUACAUUCUUGGAACAAAACGUGCUGAUUAUAUUAAAAUAGAGUGUACAGAUUUAAUAAACCAAACCCAUUGAAGCCAGUUGUGGUCUGGCAAGCUUGCCCACAUUUUAGACCUUCUCUCAGGGUAGUCUUGCUUUUUAAAGCUUUACUGAAAUGGUCGCUCUCAUCGGUGGUGGUGAAUAUGAUAAUAUGACAUUAUGUGGUGUAUAGAAUGCUUCUGUUAUAUAUUAAAUGGACCCGUGAAAGUUGCUUGUACAUGGGAAUUGCAGCUUCCACAGAAAGCAGUGGUUUGUUGGAAAGUUGUUGCUGUUUUGUAAUUCAUUACACAGAUGUGUCAAAGUACAGUGUAGAUCAGAACUACCAGGGUGAGGCCUGAUGGGUUGCAUUUUGAGAUCAGUAGACUUUGCUCUUUAAAAUACUGUUCCUGUUUUUUCUCACCGCCACUGAAGAUUUUUCUCUGGUUUUCGUAUCACAGUUUAUGUGCAUAUAUACUGUAUGAUUAGAAGUGGCAUUUCUUAUGUGGAAGUUUCAUUGUCUUUCAUGAUAACCUGACGGAAAAGGAAAUGUAUUUACCCAGAUCAUUAUCUCUUCAUGUAAAGCUCAUCUUAUUGUUUUGCAUGCAAAUCCAUUCUGGUCAUAUGACAAGGGAUAGACUGUGUUUUCUGUUGUUGUCCCUGCACAGGGACAUGGAAUCAGCACUUAAAGUAUUUUUACAUUAGUGAAGCUCAUGCAUGAUGCAGCUGAUAAACUUGCUCUCACAUCCUUGCAGUUCCCGUCAAAUCAGAAUACAAACAUUAUUUCUAGGUAAAUAUUUAAAUUAAUAUUAGUUUGUGCCAUAUCAUAUGCCUCAUGCAUUCUCCUCGUGGAAGAAAUACCUUGUGAUUAUGUAUGAACUAAGAGCAAUGUUGGGCUUUUUUGUUAUGCUGUUCAGAAAAAAAAGCUUUUGCAACAACAGCCCUACACAUUAGACUAGUUCUUAUUAUAUAAUUGACAGUAGUCACUAAAUGAGUAAACAAUAAUCAGUCAGCAAAAUUUGAAUGAUUAUCGUUACAGUUGUUAGUAAAAGAGACAACGUUAACAACGCUGACACAGGGUUUAUCACAGAGGAAAUCUCAAAGUCAGCUGUGCACCAACAAAGAAGAGUGUCCUGCAGACUAAAAUAACUGUCUAAUACCUCACCUGAGACAAAAUUUAAAAAUGGAAAAAGGUAUACCAAAUGUCUUGGAAAUUAAUUUGCAUAUGUAAGCCAUCAUUCAAUACAUAAUUGUUUAAAA